CUGCGGUGUGCGAGGCUCGUUUGCGGGGAUCGGAGGGGCCGAAGGGUCGGCAUUGUCGGAAGAUGCUGCCCUUUCACAGCUGGGCCCUCCUUUUCUCUCUCCCCCUGCUUCUGGUCGUUGGCCCCUCCUCUGGGUUUUUUGGCUGGCUCACCCAAAAGGCCUCCCCCACUCCUGUUCCCCAUCCAGAGGUAGCAGCUGCUGCUCCAGAUCCAGCCGGCCUUGCAAAAGUGCCCUUUGAGAUGGAUACGGCUGAUGAGAGGUUCCUCGCUGAAGUUCAGGCGGUGGAUAUGUCCCUUCUGGAUUCCUGCCAUCACAAGGUUAUUUCACAACUACGCUCGACUUGCACCGACCUCAUGGAAGAGGAACUGGCCAAGCUGGGAGUGGCACUCUUCAACUGCCAGGCCAGUGCCGAAGGUCGGAGGACUUACCUGUGCACUGAGGACAUGGCUCUGGCGGAAUGCACAGCCAGAAUGGAUCCGGAUACUUGGAACGCUUAUCACAUCGUCAGCAACCGAGCGCGGGCCGUCUGCUACGCCACCCGCCAGAUGCAGUUCAAGCGUCGAGCGGAGCAUACGGUGAACGCCCUGGUCUCUACCGCGGUCGGCCAGCUGGAGGCGAUGAAAACGCUCAAGAGGAGCCAGGAGGAGCUGAAGCUGCUCACUUCGGAGUCCCUACAACGCGUAGUUAGCGCUCAGGAGGAGCUGCUCGUCCGGCAAGAGACGCUUCGCGGCGGCCAGGCGCAGAUGGAAGAAUCUCUCUCUAGCAACCUGGAGCACCUGGUGCAGGAGAAGGCCCUGAUCGCCAGUGGGCAGCAACAGGUGGCCGAGCUGCUGGAGGGCAUCACCCGCAGGAUGGAAAAUGUCAGCAGUCAUCUGAACCAGCAGGAUGUGGAGCUUCAAGAAGGACACCAGUCCAUCCUGAGGGACUUGGGUCAGGUCCAAAAACGGGCUCAAGAAGUCUACUCCAAAAUAGAUACCAAUGUGGACUUGUUCCUGGCCUAUCAGAAGCAAACUACCUUGUACCAUGAUGAGUUACUGGGGAAACUGAGGAAGAUGAACGAGACUUUUGGGCUGGUCCUUCAAACCAUGGAGCAGAUGCAGACCAAGGUGGAAGGGCGAUUGCAGCACAUCCAGAGAUUCAUAACCUGGGCAGGGUUCAGCUUGAGCUCCAUCUACACCUGUCUCCUGCACCUGGUCUACUUCCUCCUGGCUGCGCUCGUCAUGACUUUCCUGCAGGUCCCCGGGGCAUCCCGCGCCUUGCUCCUCGUCUUGGUUGUGGCAAACGCCCUCUCUGAGCUCCACCACACCGUCUCCCUGGGGUUCAAGUCUCUCACCAGCCUCUUGGUGUUGUCUGUGGCAGUCAACAUACUCCUAGGAAGAAUCUGUGGCCAUGCUCUGAAACACAGGAAAUGGAGACCCCUCCGGGCACCUUUGCCCCUUCCCCACAAGGCUCCAGAGACCCCUGCUUGGAAAGUGGGACUUAAGCCAGCCAAACGCUGCCGGGUUACCUCCACUCCCGAUAGAGAAGAUGAGGUGGGCCUCCUGGAUGAGCUGGAGAAGCUGGAAGAGGUGAGCUACCUGUCAGAUGGAUUCCCUCUGAAAAAUGACCCCCUACCAAAAGAGGGGGAUCUCCUUACUUCCACCCAGGGAAGGGAUCAGGAGAGCAGAGCGCUGGGUCCCUCCUUCCCUGACCUGGCUUUGCGCCGUCCGAAUUUGAGCCGCAGCAACAAAUCAGAGGCCACUUUGGAGAAACUAUCCAGACCCCACCUGGGCUCAGCGUUCAACUCGUUCGCCAACCCUCAAGGCUCCUUGCUAAACGAUUCCUUGCUCAGCGAUGUGUCCAGCUGCUCAGCUUCUCCAAGGCCCUUCUGCCAAGGGGUCACCAGGACUGGUCAGCCAUGCCGAAAAAAAGCCCUCUCCGACCACCUCUUCUGCCACGUUCAUGCGGCCAGACAGAGCCAACUCGCUUGAUCUAGCAGCAUCUUUGGAGGCUUCCAACCGUACCUGCUUUGCGAUUCUGGUGGAAGCUUAAGGCUUCCACGCCAAGGCAGUAAAGCCCAUUUUCAGAGGAAUGACGUCGAUUCCUCUUGGUUCAGCAUUUAUACACUGCUGAAUAAUCUAGUUUCUUUCUACCAAUGAUGGACAAAAAAAACCCCACCCCGAUCUAUUGGGUUGAGAAGCAAUUAACAUUCUGCUCCAAUUUUAUUUUAAUGCCUGUGUUAGGCUGAAGGCACUAUUUAAAAGCGAUCGUUUUUUCUUAAGAGAGGGACGUGGCAGCUGUCCCAACAGACCGUCCGUUGAGUUAAAAAAAAAAAAGAACAUUUUUUUUUUCUCUUGAAGAUGUAACUUUCCAUUUUUUUAUAUCCUCCAAAAAACAGAGAAACAAAAUCCGAAUCCAGUUCCGGUUGGAAUUUUGCUCCGAGGACAGUUUUGGCUUGAUGGUGAAAUUUUACAAUGAUAGAAAAACAGCUGAACCAACCCAAAAAUGCUUUGCAAACAAGUCUACAGCGCCUUCUUUUUAGAAUUGAUAAUUGCUGUGUGUAUGCUGAAUAAAGAUGUUUUUUUUAUA